GAUGCUGAACUCAAGCACCUCCUCACCUUAUCCCCCUCAGUGAGCUUUCUUCUCUCUAUACUAGCAACCUAAGCAGUGUCCAAAUCCCAAGCUAGCAACUUUCCCAUCAUGGCGAACCUUUCGAACCUCCCCAAGCAGAUGAAGGCUCUCCGAUACGAGAAGCCCGAGGAUUGGUCAAUCGUCCAGGUCCCUCUGCCAGAGCUCCGGGAGAACGAUGUCCUGGUCAAGGUUCGCGCGUGCGGUGUUUGUGGCACUGACUUGCACAUCCACGAGGGAGAGUUCAUUGCCAAGUUCCCCCUGAUUCCCGGCCACGAGACCGUUGGCGUCGUCGCCGCUGUCGGACCCAAAGUCAAGGACUUCAAGGUCGGCGACCGUGUUGCCGCCGACAACAGUGAGCUCUGCAAUGAGUGCUUCUACUGCCGUCGCGGAGAGCUUCUGCUCUGCGAGCACUUCGAGGCUCACGGUGUCACCAUGAACGGCGGUUUCGCCGAGUACUGCGCCUACCCCGCCGGCAAGGUCUUCAAGAUCAACAACCUCAACGACGUCGACGCCACCCUCCUCGAGCCCGCCUCUUGCGCCUGCCACGGUCUGGACAAGAUCCGGCCCCGCCUCGGCUCCAGCGUCCUCAUGUUCGGCGCCGGCCCCACCGGUCUCAUGCUCGCCCAGCUGAUGCGCCACAACGGUGGCUGCAACGUCACGAUUGCCGCGCCUCAGGGUCUCAAGAUGGACCUUGCCCGCAGCUUGGACGCCGCCGACAACUACAUUGAGCUCUCCCGUUCCGACCCCGAGGUUCAGUUCUCCCAGCUCAAGAAUGACAACCCGUACGGCUUCGACGUCGUCGUCGAGGCCACGGGCUCCGUCAAGAUCCUCGAGGACGCCAUCAACUACGUCCGUCGCGGUGGCAAACUCGUCGUUUACGGUGUCUACUCCAGCUCCGCCCGUGUCUCAUGGCCCCCUUCCAAGAUAUUUGGUGAUGAGAUCACCAUCCUCGGAUCUUUCUCCGAGACCUACAUGUUCCCUGCCACCAUUGACUACCUCGACUCCGGCAAGGUCAAGACCAAGGGCAUUGUCAACAAGACCUUCAGACUCGAGCAGUUCGGCGAGGCCCUCGAGUCCAUCAAGAACAAGAGCGCCAUCAAGGCCGCCAUCGUCUUUGACGACGCCACUGGAGUGUAAGCGCUCUCUGUGCGCACAUUAGCAUGACAGAAGCAUCUCUCCCACACAUAUGCACAUGAGCGAAUAUCUUUCCCUUCGAAAAAAAACAACAACGAAAAAACCCCAUAAGAGUUGUAGUUGCCCACGUGCAGUUGUCGUUGAUGCUGUUCGCAAAAACAAAAGAAAAAGGUUUAAAUGGGCUUACCUCAUUUCGUACUUUUCUUUCUAGGCACGCAUCGAACCGGUGUCAAAGGUUGGCGGGACGGCUGUAGAAGUAGAGUGGAACGGCGGGUGUGGUUCUUGAUCUGUUGUUGUUGUUGUCGGUGUUGAUCGAACUGGGCAGUUUUGACGAUUGGCGGUUGGGCCGGUGAGCGGUUGAGAUUUACAAAAAAAAGUUGGUGCAGAGGGGACGGUGUUUGAACGGUUGAUGAAUGAUGACGACGAUUGCUAGUCCAGCCUUUGGGGGGGGGGCUUGAUCCGAUUCGGCGGUUGCGGAAGAGGAAACGAUAAGAAAAAAGCAGGCAACAAAAAACUU